GCCAAGCGGGACGGUGCGCGUCUUCCGGCGCCUCUCUGUCGCGCUUCGCCGACGCUCGCGCGCCAGCACGUGUGGUUCCUGCGCAUAUGCGCCUCGGGUGGCGUCCCCGCUGACUAUUGCGGCAUGGCCCUGCUUCGCACCUGUUGCUGCUGGUUCUCUCUGCGCAGGGGAAGCUUCGCCUGCGGCAUCUACACGCUUAUUUUCUACACCAUGCUAGUUGCAACGGGUGCAUCUCACCUCAGCUCUACGUUUCACUCAACAGUGGGCUUCACGCUGAUUCUCUUGCUGCUUAUUCUGUCCAGCUUUUGCAUCGUAUUCUCCGUGGUUCUGCUCUUGGGCCUCUUUUUUGACAAUCGCCUCCUGUUGCUUCCGUGGCUCGCCUUCGUGUCCAUGACGACCGUACUGGACGUCGCACUGUCGCUGUACUUCAUCACGGAUCUGAAAGUCGAUGAUUUUGUGAUCGCCAUGUACGUUGUCGACUACACCUUGUGCUCAAUAAAUAUCUACGGCAUAAUGUGCGUGGUGUCCCAGUACCAAGUGUACUACGUCAGAGGCCACGUCACGGAGCAGAUAAGUCGGCGGGCGCCACUGCCCUUGGUGACGACCCAGAAUAGGGACGACGGCGCCGACCAAAGCGGUGGUCGGCCCGCCUUGGGCUGCAUCAGUUCGUGGUACAUGCGGUGGCUGUCUCCCAAGACAGUUUUGUCACGUAGUGCUGACACCGUACUGCCGUGCCGCGUCAUCGUUCCCGCAGACACGUCCUUCUCUGCUGAUGUAGCUGCAGCAGCAACGGCGCUUGCCGCCACAGGCAGGGACGCUGACGAAGCAACUCGGAACGGAAGAUCAAACGUCCUAGCCCUCGAGUAUCCCCUUGCCAGAGGCCGUGACGCCGAUGAGUUGUCCACAGGCCGGCAACUUUUCACGGAAGAGACGUCCCUAGUGCCCUACAUCGAACAGAGCGUAGUGCCACCUCCAAGUUGCGAAGGGCUGGAAGACUUGAGCGUCGAACUGGAGCUCCAGCGCGAAGCAGUGAGCGCCAUCAAAGGACUACGAGACCACGACGGUGGACGGCUGUCCGUCGGUUCGGUACCCGAUAGCCAGCCCUUGCUCGAUGCCAGGGAUAGCCUUGGAAUCUGCUACCACAGGGACGGCCCUGUGUGUGACAGGGCAUAAUGCUGGGCGUUUCUCUGCCGUCGUGCCGAGUGGAAAAGGAAGGACGCAAAGAGCCACGAGAAUUUCGAUAAGACCGCGGAGAACCUUCUCGGGACAGCUUGAUGAUCGGGGCUAACAUCAAGGACAAAAUAAGUGCUGCGCUAUGUAGCUGGGACGGCAAUUCCCUGAAAACAUCUUCCACGAGGAAAAGUUGCAGCCUACUCCAUCCUGCGCCGUUACUGAGAGAAGUCGCAGCAGAGGAUGCGCCGUGAGUGCCACCGGUGCUCUACCAGCAGAAUAGGUGCUGCCGUCGUGAUGACCAUUCAACGGGCGCUGUACAACAUUGCUUCACCAAGUUCACAACCAAGUUCAUGCACGCGCAUGAUGUCAGUAGACAACAGGCAUCACAUCUGCGGCCAAUAAACUACAUAUUGACAAAAUCGGUAAACUGGGAAUACUCACAUACAAUGAAACAUCUCGAAUUUUAAAGAUGGCCUGCUUGUGUCCAAACAAUACCAUCGUGUGGCUGUGGUGAAAAGGAAGGAAAUCAUCUUCCCAACUCGCGCACCUCAGUUCUGACGCUAUCAUCAUGACAUCGCCUGACGUGGUCAUCAUCAUCAUCAUCAUCAUCAUCAUCAUCAUCAUCAUCAUCCCGUCAACACCACCUACGUACAUGUACGCGGACAUGCAAAUUUACGUACACAUUUGAAAUUUGUUUCUGCGCUCACCUACAGAUUAGAACGAGCGUCAUUGCGAUAUUGUCCUUAUCACUGACAUGUCACAAGCCUGUCAUUAAAGAAAAGCGUCAGUCAA